GAACUGUGUGGACUACGUGUUUAUCAGUUGUUGUCUAGUAAUUUUCGUGUAAGAAGUGCUAAAUUGGAAUUGUAAUGAAGCUACUUGUGGUGGCGUUUGCAAUUUUUGUAGCCUCUUCGGAGGCUACUGAUUGGUGUGCUAUGGAAGAUGAGUACUGCAAUGGACAGGAACAUAUUAUGUGUAAACCCAAUUCAUUUACAAUGGGUCAGAACGUGAGAAACAUUCAAAUGGUCGAAAUGACUGCCGAUCUCAUUCAAGUCGCUGAAGAUCGUCAUAAUUUCCAUCGAAGCAAUGUAGCUUCUGGAAGUGUUGAUGGAAUCCCGAGUGCUAGUGCAAUGAGGAAGAUGGUUUGGGAUGAAGAUUUGGAAUUGGUUGCUGCGGAACAUGCCUGCUAUGCCAAUUUCGAGCACGAUCAGUGUCGAUCAUCCACAGAAUAUCCUCAUGCUGGUCAAAAUCUAGCCGUUGCCUGGAGCUCAGUGCCAUUCACGAAUAUUGCACAACAGUUUGAAAGCUUCAUAGAUGACUGGUACAAUGAGAUGCCCAUUGUCAGAGAUGGAAGACUUUCCUGCAUUGAUUCCUUCACGACUUCCAAUCCUAAUUGCAUGGAUGCUGGACACUUUACGGCUAUGGUUAAUGACAUUAAUGGAUUCCUUGGUUGUGCCCUUGUGACUUACGAGGAGGAUAUGGGUGGCGAGUGGUGGUACGCUAUUAUGGCAACUUGUGACUACCAAGGAACCAAUAUGAUCGGUGAUCCAGUCUAUGUCACAGGAACUCCUUGUUCACAAUGUGCUGCAGACAAUAGAGUUUGCGAUGCUACAACUAGUCUCUGUGUUUAAAAAGAAAGGUUUAUAUGUUGGUUUUGGAUUUUGGUUUUUUGGGAAUAAAAAUUUAAUGCUUGCAGCAA